UCAAAUUGGACCUAUCAGUGUCAAGACGAAGGGUCACGUGAGCGUCUCCAUGGCGUCAAGUGCGGCAGCCUCUAACAUGAUUUAAACAUGUUGAAAUGCUUUGCUUGCGCAGAAAAAGGCGAAAUGAACAACAAUGAAAUGUGUUUACUCCUCGGAGCGACUGGCUCAGGAAAGUCUUUAUUACUUAAACGCCUACAAGUACUUAGUUUGCAUGGUUCAUGUGAAGUGGGCUCUCCUCCUCCCACUCUCCCCACAGUAGGAACAAAUCUGACAGACCUCACCCUAAAGAAGAAGAAGGUGACAGUAAGGGAGCUGGGAGGCUGCAUGGGCCCUAUAUGGCCCAGCUACUUCACAGACUGCUUCUCUCUCAUUUUCGUCGUGGAUUCAUCUAACAUAGCUCAGAUAUCCUCCUCGUGCAUCCUGUUGCUGUCUGUGCUCUCAGCUGAGCCUCUCUGCCGUGCAUCUGUGCUUAUUCUCUUCAACAAGAGAGACAUUCCUUGCAUCAUGAGCCUUGUAGAGAUAAAGUCACUGUUCCGGAUAGAUGACAUCAUUGCAAGUGCUCCUCAGUCCAUCACAACAAAGGAAGUUAGUGCCAGCUCUGGGCAAGGACUGCAAGAAGUAUUGAGCUGGCUGGAGUCCGUCACAAUCAAGUGAUCAUGAUCAGGAAAGGCAAAAGUCUAAAAAGCCCUUUGGAUAAAGACAUCAAUAUUCUCAUUUCCAAAACACUGUUAUUGGAGGAUCUGAAUGCUAUCUUUAGGACUGGAGGCUGUAAAAGUGGCUAAAGAUAUAAGAAAAGAAAAACUGCACUGGGUCUUUGGUACCAUUCAGUACUGAUUAGAGUGAGAACGUGAUCUGAUGCGAGAUGAGACAACUGCAUAAGUGACCAUUGUGACUGGAGUUGGGAUAUCAUCAGUAUACAUUUCUGCUCCAACCAUUGGUCAUUUAGAGAUCCCUUCUCUGUUCACAUUCUUGUCUGGUAAACAGAGAACUGAGAGAAUCAUGAGUGGUGUGACAGCCAACAGCUUUAGGCAGACAGAGCAAUAUGGAGUUUUGGUUCAAGUUACUUUUCUACACACCAGAGGGUACAGGCCAGGGACAUCAUCAAAGAACAAGGCACAAAAGGCAAAUGGAUCAGAAUUAGGAUCAGAAUCACUCUAAUCAUUUUUAUGAUAGGAAACCAAACUGGAGCUCUCAGAGUUUGUGAAUAUCAAAAUAAAUCACAACUUGAAAAAGAUCGUGCCACCUUCAGUAAAAUGGGGUUCACAUUUAAAUGCUUGCUUUGCUGCUUGUAGCACUUACCCCAAUACUUAAAAGUUUCUUUAGCAGAAUAUCAGCCCCAUCCAAGGAGUAUGGACUGUUUUCAGCAGGCUAGAGAAGAUGCCCGAUACUUCCUACAGACAUUUUAAGACCUGAAGUCCGUCAUUCCUGGAAAGACUUGUGCAAAUCUUAAGAAGUUUGGAUGGACAAUGAAAGGGACAUGCUGCCAUCAGGUGGAAUAAGGUGCUUAAGAGGGCUACAAUCACACAGUAAAUACUAGCAAAUGGAAUAGGGAGCGGAUUUUUACUCCCCAUCAUCAGCCAGUUUUUUUCAUCUGUAUAUUGUUUUUAUUUUAUUUCUAUCACAAAUUCCAAUAUCAGAAAAUAGUUUCAUUUGAUUUCAUUUCUGAACAUCAUUUUAUUAUUUUCCAUAUAAUUCAGAAACGACCAUAGUGAUCGUAAGAAUGUUCUGAUGCUUGUGGGAGAUGAGGGAAUGAAAAGUACUCAUCUGGAAAACACACAGAAUUGUAGAAAUUACUGCUACAUUUGAUGGGAGUUUGUAAAUCACAAGCAAUUAAUAAAACUUCAAUUUUCCAUUUUAAA